AUGUCGUUCAACAGAUUCUCCGGCAAAAUCCCUGUCGGGAUCGGAAACCUGGCGGGCAUGAUUGGAACUCCAAGAACUUACUCGGCAAUAGAAAAUUUGUUCAUGUUCUCGAUGGAGUUCAGCGAGCUGAUGGUGAACUGGAAGAAAGCAAAACAAAGCCUACCAAGUCAAAGCCUUGAGAUAUACUCUCUGUUAAACCUGUCAAAUAACAUGCUUUCAGGAGUGAUUCCAGCUUCAGUUGGAAAGCUAAAAGGUCUGAAAAUACUCAACGUCUCAUUCAACAACCUAACCGGAAACAUACCCAUAAGCUUUGGAGACAUCGAGAGCCUCGAAAGCAUGGACCUUUCACACAACAUGCUUUCCGGUAAAAUCCCGCAAUCAUUCUCAAGGCUGCAACAACUCACAACUUUGGAUCUUAGUAACAACAAACUUCAAGGUCCUAUUCCAGUAUACGGGCAGAUGAGCACGAUGAACGAUCCCACCAUUUACACCAAUAAUAGUGGGCUUUGUGGCUGGCAAAUUCAGGUAAAAUGCCCAGAAGAGGUGUCUCUUCCUGAACCAAAACCAGAGGAAAGUGAGGAGGAUGCAUGGCCGAUCCUUCUUCCCAAGAAAGAAAUGAUAAAAGUGCCGGUUUUUAGCUUCCUCUGGGCAAGGCAGCCUCAAGAGCUGUUCUGUGGAUGA